GACAUCCUUUCAUCUAAGUAGUUAUUGCUUCGACAUAUAAUAAUCUCACAAUGGGUUCCAAACGUGUGCACCCAGCCUCCUCGAAGGCAGCAUUGCCUUUUAAAACUGGUAAUAAAUUCAAGAGACAAGAUCUUCAUAUCAAACAGAAGAAGGCUCGUGAUAACGAUCGCAGAGAUAUACGCUUCAAACGAAAGAGAGAAGAAGAUAGAGAUCCCGAAUUGAGAAGACAGCGGUUGGCAAAGAACGUUCCACAUACAAUUGAUAAUAAGCGUGUUUGGGAUGAAGUAUCGGGCGAUGGAAACGACCUCAAUAUCAGUGUAGAUGUCGAGCAAUUGAAGAGAAGGCGCAUAGAAGAGGCAGAGGCCGCAGAGCAAGAACCUUUAGAUGAAGAACCAGAGGAAAAGGACGAUGAUGCCGAUAGUAUGCUGGACUCGGAUUCUGAGAAGGGAUCGGACGACGAGGAUGAAGAAACCGAAAGCCGACCUCGAGCAGUUAGCAAUGCGCCUUCAACAACCAGCACAAAUCUCGACCUUACACCAUCUUCUCUAUCUCUCAAAUUUCCCACCCUCUUCACGGAUGAACCUCCGCCAGCUCCAAAAAUUCUCCUCACAACAUCCUUAAACUCUACACUCCAUGCAGAAGCUCAUCUGUUAUGCACUCUUUUCCCAAACAGCAAUUACGUUCCUCGAUCGGCCCAUCGCUAUGGACACAAAUAUUCUCUACGUGAGAUCUGCAAAUUUGCUACGAAUCGCGAGUAUACAUCCGUUGUGAUGCUUAAAGAAGACGCCAAGGUACCCACUGGCUUGACCAUUGUUCAUCUACCAUCUGGUCCCACAUGUCAUUUCUCGAUCAAGAAUUGGGUUGAAGGAAAGAAGUUACCUGGCCAUGGUAAUCCAACAAAUCACUACCCAGAACUCAUUUUGAACAACUUUCGCACACCAUUGGGAUUGUUGACCGCGAGAUUAUUCUUGACGCUAUUCCCACCACAACCAGAGUUACAGGGCAGACAAGUAGUUACGUUGCACAACCAACGUGAUUAUAUAUUUGUCCGAAGACACCGAUAUGUUUUCAGGGAGAAGCGAGAAACAGAGAAGAGCGUAGUAGGACCGGAUGGAAAAAUCGUGGAAGGUGUAGAGGGCAUUAGAGCUGGAUUGCAAGAGCUAGGACCAAGAUUCACGUUGAAGUUGAGAAGAGUUGAUAAGGGAAUUGGCAGAGCAGGCAGUGAAGGAGACGACGCUGUUCAAUGGCAAUGGAAGGCUGGAAUGGAGAAGCAAAGAACAAGGUUCAACCUUUAGCCUUGGGGUACUUUGUUGUUGUACUCUAUAUGCAUACAUAAUUUUAUUUUUGAUACCCUCAUAUAUACAAGUGCUACCCAACAUGGUGCUCCUGUCCUGCAAGUCUCCGAGUUCGGAAGGACUCUCGUUGCUUAACCUCUCUGCCUCUCCACAUAUCCAUUGCAACUUCUAGCUUAUGGAGAGAGAAUCUACUAAUCUGGAAAGAUUACAAUUACCGGCUUCCUACGACUUGCAGUGGUAAUAAAUAGUAAACUUAAACCCCUUCGCCAAAUUCGUCA